AUGAGUCCCUGCGGAGAGGAUGAGGCUUCCCAUAGCACGCAACCCAUUGCCAUCGUGGGAAUGUCAAUGAGACUCCCUGGAGGAAUCAAGACAUCGGAGCAAUUUUGGGAUAUGCUCAUUCAGAAGAAAGACGGCCAUGGCCAAGUUCCCGCGAGUCGUUACGAUGUAGACAAGUACUACAGUGCAACUCCAAAGAAGGGCACCGUCUAUACAAGAAGUGGUUACUUCCUCGAAGAUGACCUAGCGGCCUUUGAUGCAGCAUUUUUCUCCCUCACGAAAAGUGAAGUAGCGCAGAUGGACCCACAGCAGCGAAUGCUCUGCGAAGUAGUGUGGGAAUGCUUCGAGAACGCAGGCCAAAAGGGUUGGCGCGGCCAGAAUAUCGGAUGUUAUGUAGGCGUCUUUGGGGAGGACUGGUUGGAAAUCUCGAGGAAGGAUACGCAGGAUGUCGGUAGCUACCAUGUCAUUGGCACGGGAGAUUAUGCGAUUUCAAAUCGCAUUUCUUACGAGUAUGAUCUCAAGGGACCAAGUAUGACCAUCCGAACUGCCUGCUCCUCUUCCCUUACAGGCCUCCACGAGGCGUGUCGGGCCCUUCGCCAAGGUGAAUGUGUGGGGGCUAUUGUGGCUGGAACGAAUCUCAUCAUGGCCCCGACUACCACUAUUGGAAUGUGUGAGGUUGGCGUGCUCUCCCGAGAUGGAAGAUGCAAGACGUUUGAUGCCACAGCAGAUGGCUACGGGCGAGGCGAGGCCAUCAAUGCGAUCUACAUCAAAAAGCUAGACGAUGCUAUUCGCGAUGGGAAUCCUAUUCGUGCCGUGAUUCGAGCCACAGCGGUCAAUUCAGAUGGACGAACGCCUAACAUCACGUACCCCAGUGCCACAGCCCAGGAACAGUUGAUUCGUAAAGCAUACCAGUCCGCAAACAUUGAAGAUAUCUCACAAACCGGGUUCUUUGAGUGUCACGGUACAGGAACCAUCGCAGGGGACACAGUCGAGACUAUCGCAAUCAGCAAAGCCUUUGAUGGAGAAGGCAUCAUUCUAGGCUCUGUGAAAGCCAAUGUUGGCCACUCGGAAGGAGCUUCUGGUUUGACCAGUCUGAUUAAAGUCGUUCUGGUGUUGGAAAAAGGGAUCAUCCCACCGAAUCCCUAUUUCACAGUUCCCAACCCGAAGAUCCCUUUCAACGAAGCGCACCUGCAUGUCCCAACCGAGCCUACCUCAUGGCCACAAGGGAAAAGACUACGUGCUAGUGUCAAUAGCUUCGGAAUUGGUGGAUCAAAUGCCCAUGCGAUUAUCGAGGCAGCCACACCCGUCAAUCAUGAGCCAACCUUGUGUGAAGGCCAGUAUCGGAUCAUUCCGUACUCGGCCAACAGCAAAGACUCUUUGCAACAGUCAAUCGAUGCCCAUGCUCAAUACAUGGCCCAUAAUCCUGACCAGGUACACGACGUUGGUCAUACCCUAGGUGUCUGUCGAGAAACCCUCAAGUAUCGAGCCUACACCCUAAGCGGACCCAAUGGUCAUCAGAAAGUAUCGCACACUUCCCGAUUGACGGGUUUAAAAACGAAUCUCGCAUUUGUGUUUACUGGCCAGGGAGCACAGUGGCCGGGUAUGGGCCGGGAAUUGAUGGCCUUGAAGGCAUUUCGUGAAGCCAUAGUCACCAUGUCACGCACGUUAGAGCAACUUGAUGACUGUGAGCCUUGCUCGCUUCUGGAAAUGAUCACGACAGAGCUGACCGCAGCCGAAAUGGAAAGUCCCGAAUUGUCCCAGCCAUUGUGCACCGCACUACAAGUUGGUUUAGUUGAGGUGCUACGUAGUUGGAAUAUCCAUCCAAGCGCAGUGGUCGGCCAUUCAAGUGGAGAAAUUGCGGCCGCAUACACGACCGGCGCUAUAACCGCGGAACAGGCUAUCAAGAUUGCCUACUUCCGUGGCCAAGUAUCCAAAUUGCCCCAGACUGAAGGAGGCAUGGCCGCAGUGGGGCUUAGUCGUGAUGUAGUCGCCGACUACCUGGAGGAUGGUGUAAUAAUUGCAUGCGAAAAUAGUCCAGAAAGUGUCACGAUCUCUGGCGAUAAGUCUACUGUGGCCCAAGUGCUAUCGCGUAUAUCAGAAGCCUUCCCUAGUGCCUUUUGCCGACCCCUCCGAGUCAAGGUGGCAUAUCACUCUGAUCACAUGAAAGGGGUUGGCGAAAUCUACGAGCAGCUCUUGAACUUUGUGGAAGAACGGAAUCCGGCAAUUCCAUUUUACUCGAGCGUGACUGGAGACAUUUUAGAAAGUGGACUAGGCGCUGAGUAUUGGCGCCAGAACCUAGAACUGCCGGUAUUAUUUAGCUCUGCUGCCCGGCGCCUUUUAGACCAGAUGCCGAAGAGCGAGGAGACUGUUAUGCUAGAGAUUGGACCACAUGCAGUCCUUUCGGCUCCUUUGAAACAAAUCUUUAGCCUCAAGGGAAACAACUCUGCAGUCUAUCUGCCUACACUGUCUCGCGGCUCUAAUUCUUUAACUAAGACUUACGAGGCCGCCGGGGAGCUGUAUCUUCGGGGCCUUCCCAUUGACUUCUUAUCAAUUAAUGGCCCCGGGAAGGUUCUCACUAAUCUCCCUUUGUAUUGCUGGCAGCAUGACUCCGAUCAACAUUGGUGCGAAAGCCGUCUCUCGAAAGGCUGGCGACACCUUGCGUUUCCAAGACAUGAGAUUCUGGGUUCGCGAAUUCUGGAGACUGGUGAACUGGGCUUUGCAUGGCGAAAUAUCCUAUCUCUGGGUGAUAUGAAGUGGUUGCGAGACCACAAGGUAUUCGAGGACACUGUUUUCCCUAGCACGGCAUAUAUUGCGGCGGUAGGAGAGGCAAUUCGUCAAUUGACAGGAAGAGGAGACUACACUAUUCGGCGUCUACUGGUCAGGACGCCAAUUAUUCUGAAACAAGAAACAGCCACGGAAAUCAUAACCUCAUUGAACGUGAUACCGUUGACGGAGUUCCACGACUCGGCGUGGUACAGCUUCAGUAUCUCCGCAUUCAACGGUAAUUCCUGGAUUAAGCACUGCACAGGCCAAGUGAAAGCGGGAAGCGACCAAAGUCUCGUAGCUGAGACCAAGUCCCAUAUGCGCGAGGUUUCCUCACAGAAGUGGUACCAAGGUCUGAACAACCUUGGACUUGACUACGGGCCGGCUUUUGAACGCCUGGCUGAGAUCAAGGCCGAUCCGCUGGCCAACACAGCGUCGGCAAAUGUUCCAUACUCGGAGGAGCUGCACCAAGCCCACUACUCGCUGCAUCCUACGACUGCUGACUGUGCUCUGCAGCUACUAUCUGUUGCGGCUUGCCGAGGGCUCCGUCGCAAAUUGAAUCGAUUAGUCGUGCCCGUCAGUAUAGAUCACGUCUACGUCGAUGAAACUGCAUCUACGGUCCAGCUUCAGGCCUUUUCCGAGGAACUUGAGAAUAAGAAGCUGAAGGGUAGCGUCAUAGGAGUCAUUGGGGAUAAUGUAGUAUUCGCUUUCAGUGGCUGUGUGUUAGCGCCCCUGACUGGUGAAACCAGCGACAUGGACGAAAUUGAAACUCUGAAUAUUUCCUACCUGGAGUGGACUUCUCGCCUGGAGGAUAUCCCUGCACCGGACCUCAUCUACAACACCACACCAGGCACAUCUAUGAUCGUAUCUUGUGAAGAACUAGUAGUUCUUUGCAUGCUUGAGACAUUGCAUGAGCUGAACUCUCAACCAUUACAACCUCACGCAUCAUACUUGCAGCAGUAUGUUGCGUGGAUUCAAAAGCAGGUCCAUGUAAUGAUGAAUGGGUCUUACGACCUAGUUCCCAAAUCCCAAGAAUGGGCCAUGCUCGAUUCAAAACACAGAAGAGUCUUGAUACAGGAACUCAUCGACGACCCGGCAAGGUCACGGUGCUCCCCUAUAGACGCGCUCGUCGUUCGUGUUUACCGCAAGAUUCGGGAGCUCUGCAGUGGCUCCGUUUCCGGGAUAGACCUGCUCUACCAAGAAGAUGGUUUGAAGAACUUUUAUGACGUGAUAGCAAGUUUGGAUUUAUCUCGCCUGUUCUCCACACUUGGGCACGAAAGUCCCUCCCUUCGAGUGCUGGAAAUUGGUGCAGGCACGGGGGGUACCACGGCCCUUGCCCUCAAUUCCCUAACCAUCCGCAAUGGACCUCGUUUAUACUCGCGAUACUGCUAUACCGAUAUAUCAAUGGGGUUUUUCCCUGCUGCUCGAGAACGUUUCCGCAGGUUUCACGGAAUAGAUUUUGCGGCCCUAGACAUCAGCCAGGAUCCAUUGGACCAGGGAUUCAAAGCGCACGACUUCGAUCUAAUUAUCGCUUCAAAUGUGCUUCAUGCGACCCCGGAGCUUGGCAAGGCUUUACGCCAUGUUCGGAAGCUGCUCGCCCCAGGUGGCCGGCUUCUGCUGCAGGAGCUGUGCCCUACGGCUAAAUUCAUCAAUUUUGUCAUGGGAGUCCUCCCAGGAUGGUGGAUUGGUGGCCAAGACUCCCGCGAGGAAGAGCCGUUCGUUUCUCCUGAAAGAUGGAACACUGAGCUCCAGAACAGUGGAUUUACUGGAAUUGAUAAGUUAGCCUAUGAUAAUGAACCUCCGUAUGCUACCAAUGCAACGAUGCUUGCAACGGUGCGUGACGAUGACUCCCAGCCAAGCCCUGUGACUCUCCUGUGUUCUUCUAUUGAUAACGAACACGUUCGAGCUGUGGAGCAAUAUUUCACUACACAGGGUCAUACUGUCCAUCUACGCUCUUUGCAAAGCGUGGCACCUCCUAUUGGGGAUGUCGUUUCUCUCCUGGAUCUUGAAGGCCCAUUUUUCGAUAAUAUCUCUGAUUCAGACCUGAUCGCCUUCCAAAAGUUCGUUUCGGGUUGCAAAUCAACCGGGAUCUUAUGGGUAACAAGGUCAGUGCAGCUCAAGUGUGCAGAUCCUCGAUUUGGUCUGGUCUUGGGAUUGGCUCGCACUAUCCGCUCUGAGCUUGCGAUCGAAAUGGGCACCGUUGAAUUGGAAUCUUUUGACCAAGCAUCUUGGAGGGCAUUGGAAUUAAUCUAUCGCAAGUUCCAGGCGAGAGACAAGACGGAUGGUACCAACACCGACUUUGAAUUCGUACAUCAGGACGGGAAAAUUCUCACUUCCCGCUACAAACGGUGCACACCAGAAGAAAUCCUUGCCCUUCAGUCUAGCAGAGAAGCUUCAAAUGCUGUCGGGCUUCGCAUUGAGGCGUUUGGCCGUUUGAAUAGUCUUGCUUGGGUGUCGCACGACGAACCUGAUGAUUUGCAAGGCGACCAGGUAGAGAUCAAUGUUCACAACGCGGGCCUAAAUUUCAAGGAUCUUUUAUGCGCUCAGGGCAUCCUAGAUGCACGAAAAGACGGGCUAGGCUUAGAAGGUUCUGGCGUCGUGAAUAGAGUCGGACCGCACUCUUCUCUUACCCCAGGACAACGAGUCAUGUUUAUGAGCCCCGGCUCAUUUGCCACCCGUAUAGUGACCUCGUCGCUGCUUUGUGCCCCUAUUCCGGACAGCCUUGAGUUUGCAGAUGCAGCCACCAUGCCAUGUGUGUAUGCCACUGCCAUCCACUCUCUAAUGACCAUUGGGCAGCUCAGAAGAGGACAGACCGUUCUGAUUCAUUCGGCUUGUGGCGGCGUAGGGCUUGCCGCUAUUAUGAUCAGUCGAAUGAUUGGCGCUGAAGUUUACACGACUGUAGGUAGUGAAACCAAGACUCAGUAUCUUCAAGACCGGUUUAGUAUCCCGCGCGAUCAUAUCUUUAAUUCGCGCGAACCCUCGUUUUACGAGGAUGUGAUGCGAGAAACUGACGGCCGGGGGGUUGACCUGGUGCUGAACUCACUCUCCGGGGAACUCUUACACGCGUCGUGGAAAUGUGUCGCACGAUUUGGCAAGAUGGUUGAGAUUGGGAAACGGGAUAUUGUCGGCCAUGCCAGCUUGAGCCUUGCUCCCAUGGUCCAGAGCCGAUCAUUGAUCAGUGUUGACCUGGCGGAAAUCCUCGAAUACCAGCCUCGAGAAUGUCAACGACUUCUCGAAAUGUGUGUGGAUUUGGUCCGACGAGGUAGGAUUCAACCAAUUCGCCCGAUUCGCGCAUUUGAUGCGGCCGAGAUCGAGCAGGCGUUCCGCUACAUGCAGACCGGCCAACACACUGGUAAAAUCGUUGUAAAUAUGUCCACCAGGCCUGGCCCAACUCGCCAGAUGCCGGUCGCAGUCUCGUUCUCGCCAACCCGUGCAUAUCUGCUGGUCGGGGGCUUAGGUGGAAUCGGCCGCGCCGUCUCGCAAUGGAUGGUGGAACAGGGAGCUCGCAAGCUGGUAUAUCUUUCCCGUUCGGCCAGCUCAACUACGACGCCCCGUGAAGCCUUGUUUCGAGAGUUACGGGCGCAAGGAUGUGAGGUCACUGUGAUACAAGGCGAUGUAUCGGACCUCUGUGAUGUGAAACGGGCUGUCCAACAGUGCAAUGCCCCUAUCGCUGGUAUAUUCCAGAUGUCAAUGGCGUUGGAGGAUCGGGCGUUCCUGAGUAUGAGCCAUGUCGAGUGGACCAACGUUCUUCUGCCCAAAGUUCAAGGGAGCUGGAAUCUUCAUCAAGCCACGCAGGGGGAGCCUUUAGACUUUUUCGUUUCUUUCAGCUCCAUCUCCGGGAUUCUCGGUCAGCCAGGCCAAGCGAACUAUGCCGCUGCCAACACGUUUCUAGAUUGCUUUACGAAAUACCGGCGAUCACUGGGUCUUCCGGCAUCCGUCAUCGACCUAGGAAUCGUCAGUGAUAUUGGCUAUGUCUCGGAAAGUGGUCGAAUAACACAGCGGGGACUCGCUGUGUGGGCCGGUCAAACCAUCCAAGAGAGAGAGGUGAUCGAAUCCGUGAAAUUGGCGUGCAGCGGCCAGCAUGAUGUGAUAAUCGGCUUAGCGCCUGGUGUCGCGACCCCGUUAGCUCGUCUGCCGGGCUUCUUUCAGCGUGACAAACGGAUGAGGCUCUUUCACAAUGCGCAGGAGGCUCCGCGAGCACGAGGCGAUGUGGACAAUGGCCUUAGAACAUUUUUGGCAGAGGCCUCUCGGGAGCCGAGUGUCCUAGGCCACACUGACAGCUACGCCCUCCUGAGAGACGAAUUGGGGCGCAAGAUCGUUUCCUUCCUGUUCAAGGCGGAUGAAGAGAUCGAUACAACCAAGUCACUGGUCGACAUGGGAAUUGACUCUCUGGUAGUUAUUGAAAUUCGUAAUUGGUGGUGUCAGACGUUGGGACUGGAGAUCAGCGUGAUGGAAUUUAUGAACGCAGGGAACAUCGAUGGGUUAGCACAUGUCGCUUUGAAAGGGUUAAAAGCUAAGUUUCAGCCAAAGCAUACGGAUUCAACGCCUUGA